CGUUUUUCUCCACCAGGAAAUCCUAUUAAGGUGUGUUUGCGCCACGUGCGUCGGGAGACUUUCCGGGUGGCAAUUAGGCGAAUCACAAUAACUCUCACGUGGACACAAAAUGCAAUCCCAGAAACGAUUCUCUUGAGAAUCCAAGAAGGUUUCAAUCCCACUUCAGCUGCUACCUUGUGGGUGACUAAACAACCGCCUUUAAAAUAGAUUUUACGCGCCUGCCUGUGAGGAGUCAAUUUCCAUAACAGGAGGUUUUUAACACUUUCGCGUUGGCUCUGAAGUCACAGACCCUGCUCAUAUAAAGCUAGGGUGUCUUAUCUCAAAAACAUUUAUUUUUCCCCGCUGGCAGGCGUUUAGGGCUUCUGGACAUCAGCGGGAAAACACCUUUUUACGCGCAGAGCGCACGGAGAUCUGACGAGCGCACGCCGACAGGAAUUAUUUCAGAAGAGGAAACUCCGCCAGCAGUCCAACAGAGAAGCUGUGAGCUGAGGUAACUGAGUGAGCAUGUGGCUCUUGAAGAAGCUCCGUACUUCUGUGGAGAGCAGAGGGAAAAAAACGCAGCCUAUGCAGACAGCAGAAGCCAUUCCUGCCUCUGUUUAUGCCAACAUUCUCACUCCAGAAAGGAUCCCUGAUUUCUUCAUCCCCCCCAAACUGAUUUGCUGCCCACCAGAACCAGAGUCUGUCACUGCAGAACCUCAUCUUUGCGCCGCUUUGCGACCCUCCUCUUCUGAUCAUGGCAUCUGCAGCCAGAGCCCCAAAGCUUGGAGCAGUAAGAACCCGUGCAGUCCGCGCCUCUUCUCCCGCAUGGGAGGAGAUGCCCGUAACCUCCAGAAGUCAGCCAACCGUCACAUCAUCCAAAUAGAAAGUGCCGAUGAACCAGUCGCAGGGCUUUUGGACAGGGUUAGUGUUGAAGUCAACACCAACGCCGACCCCCAAUCACAGACUGCCAUGUCACUGCCAUACGUCCCCAAGGCACAGACCUCCUACGGCUUUUCUACCUUAAUGGAAUCACCGCAUACGCGACGCAAGGAAAGCCUCUUCCACAGUGACCCCAGCAGCCCAGUUAACUCUCCUAUCUCGCAGAGGCGGUGCCAAGGGGGGGCUCUUCUUGCACCUGCAGACCGUAACCAGUACCGUUAUUUCAGUGGUGGAGAGAGUGACACCUGCUCCUCAGCAGAGUCUUCCCCAUUCAACUCCCCUCUCCUGUCCCGCUCAGCCUCCUUGCUCCGCUCCAUCACCCAAGAGACACAGGCCAAGCUGUCUCGUGCCAAGCGCUCCCUGGCACGUCACAGUUCUGUCUCCACUGACGAAUGCAGCUCAGCUGACAACAGCCCCAACAUGCAGCGUCGCCGCACACGGUGCCCCCCAUCGCCUGCCUUUCGCGGAUGCAAAAGCGGCAGCACAAGAGGUGCAGCUUCAGACCUCCUGCAGCGAGAACACACUAUCAACCUCCACAAGGGGGGAACACUGAGACUGAGCACUCACUAUGACACAGAGGCCGCUCGUCUGCGGGUUCGCGUGUUGAUGGCUGAGGCCCUUUACAACAGGCAGACCGACCUUAAAAGCAUCAACUGCUGUGUAUCUCUGUACCUGAACCCUGGCAAGCAGCAGAAACAGAGGAGCACCAUCAUCAAAAACAGCAGAAAUCCUGUAUUUAAUGAGGACUUCUUCUUUGAUGCAUUGCCCCAGGCACAAGUUAAAAGUCUGGCCAUGAAGAUAAAGGUGGUGAACAAAGGAACCAGUCUGAAGAAAGAUGUGCUUCUGGGAGAAAGGGAGGUGUUGCUCAGUGAGUUGCUUGCAGGCCAAUAGGGAUUCACCGUCAUGACUUCAGACGAAAGGAGAUGCUUAUCAUCAAGGGGGCUUUUGAUCCCAGUCAACAAUUCUGACAUACUGGACAGCUGAAUGCGCACAGCUGAUGAGGGAAGUGUUCUUACACACUCUUUUAUAUGCAAAUGGACAGAUCCAAAGCCAGUGUCAAAGAACCAGAUCAAAAGUGCUCAUCAAUGCCUCACCCACAUUUCAAAGUUAACACGGGCUCUUAAACGGUCAACUUCACUUAAAA